GCUCAGGUUCCAAUGAUGUCCCCAAAUGGUUCAGUGCCUACUAUUUAUGUGCCUCCUGGAUAUGCCCCACAGGUUAUUGAGGAUAAUGGUGUUCGAAGGGUUGUGGUGGUUCCCCAGGCUCCAGAAUUUCAUCCUGGUGGUCACGCAGUGAUACACAGGCCUCCACAUCCCCCACUGCCUGGCUUCCUUCCUCUUCCAGCCAUGAUACCCCCUCCACCACGCCAUAUAUACUCACCCGUGACCGGAGCCGGUGACAUGGCAACGCAGUACAUUCCACAGUAUCACACCUCACAGGUCUACGGGGAUCUGGAUACUCUGCCUGCUCAUGGAAGAUCCAACUUUAGAGACGAAAGGUCUAGUAAAACAUAUGAAAGGUUACAAAAAAAGUUGAAAGAUCGACAUGGAACUCAGAAGGAUAAGUUAAACAGUCCUCCAUCGUCUCCUCAGAAAUGUCCUUCUCCUACAAGUGAACAUAACGGACUUACAAAAGGACAGGAUGCAACUGGUAUAAGCACAGGUUCUACCAAAAGCAAGUCUUUGGGUAAAGGAAAAAGCAAUUCUCAGACAGACACAGAAGUAGAAGAAAAGGAUGAAGAAACAAAAGCACUUGAAGCACUUCUUUCAAAUGUAGCCAAGCCAGUGGUAUCAGACAUCCAGGCAAGAACAGCACUGCUUAUAUGGUCCCCUCCAUCCAGCGAUACCAGAGAAGAUGCUGACAAGAAUGACAUACCAGAUGUUUAUACUUACGAAGUAAUGAUUUCAAAUACCGGAAAAGAUGGAAAGUACAAAACUGUAUACGUUGGAGAAGAAAAUAAAGUUACCGUAAAUGAUCUCAGGCCAGCAACUGAUUACCAUGCAAAAGUCCAAGUAGAAUGCAACUAUGUAAAGGGGAGCCCUUCAGAAGCAGAGAGUUUUACCACAGCGAGUUGUGAACCUGAUACUCCAAAUCUGCCUAGAAUAACUAAUCGGACCAAAAAUUCUCUUACUCUGCAGUGGAAGGCAUCUUGUGAUAAUGGUUCUAAAAUCCACAGCUACCUUUUAGAAUGGGAUGAAGGAAAAGGAAAUGGAGAGUUUUGCCAGUGUUACUAUGGCCAACAGAAGCAGUAUAGGAUUACUAAACUAUCACCAGCAAUGGGGUACACCUUUAGGCUAGCAGCCAAAAAUGACGUGGGAAUGAGUGGUUUUAGUGAAGAAGUCCUGUAUCAUACCUCAGGCACUGCCCCGAGCACACCAGCAAGUCCUUUGCUGAUUAAUGCUGGAGUUACUUGGUUAUCCCUACAGUGGACAAAACCCUCAGGAACACCAUCAGAUGAAGGAAUCUCGUAUAUAUUAGAGAUGGAGGAUGAGAACUCAGGAUAUGGUUUCAAGCCAAAAUAUGAUGGUGACGAUCUUACUUACACAGUGAAGAAUUUGAGACGUAGUACAAAAUAUAAAUUUAGGGUCAUUGCCUAUAACUCAGAAGGGAAAAGCAGUCCAAGUGAGACAGUAGAAUACAUUACUUGUCCAGACAAGCCUGGAGUACCUUCAAAACCUGUAGUGAAAGGAAAAAUUCAUGCACAGAGUUUUAAAAUAACCUGGGAUCCACCAAAAGACCAUGGAGGAGCAGCAAUAAACACAUAUGUUGUGGAAAUGUCUGAAGGCUUAAAUGGAAACAAAUGGGACACAAUAUACAGCGGAGCUGCUCGGGAGCAUGUCUGUGACCGACUAAAUCCUGGUUGUUCCUAUCGCUUACGUGUGUAUUGUGUUGGGGAAGGAGGACAAAGCACGGCAUCUGAUUCUCUACUGGUGCAGACACCAGCAGUGGUUCCUGGUCCAUGCCAGCCUCCAAGGCUACAGGGUAGACCAAGAGCAAGAGAAAUUCAGCUGCGCUGGGGACCACCUCAGGUAGACGGUGGUUCACCCAUUACCUGUUAUGGUCUGGAAAUGUUUCAGACAGAAACCGAUGAACACAGAGAGGUUUACCAAGGCUCUGAUGUUGAAUGCACAGUAGGCAGCCUUCUUCCAGGGAGGAUGUACAACUUCAGACUGCGAGCAGCUAACAAGGCGGGGUUUGGACCUUAUUCGGAAAAAUGUGAAGUAACUACAGCACCUGGACCACCAGAUCAGUGCAAGCCCCCUCAAGUGACUUGCAGAUCUGCUGCAUGCGCUCAGGUGUCGUGGGAGGUUCCAGCGAGUAACGGAGCUGACGUCACGGAGUACCGACUGGAGUGGGGCGGUGUGGAAGGAUGCAUGCAGAUCUCCUAUUGUGGGCCUGGGCUCAACUGUGAAAUGAAAGGGCUUUUGCCUGCCACUAUAUACUAUUGCAGGGUUCAGGCAGUAAAUGUUGCAGGUGCAGGCCCUUUCAGUGAAGUAGUGGCAUGUAUGACUCCAGCCUCUGUACCUGCAGUUGUGACUUGUCUCCGGGGACUAAGUGAAGAUGAAGUUGAAAGUCCACACUAUUCUCCUUCCACAUGCCUUGCUAUAAGCUGGGAAAAACCUUGUGACCAUGGAUCUGAAAUCCUUGGCUACAGCAUAGACUUUGGAGAUAAGCAACCAAUAACUGUUGGGAAGGUUCUGAGCUAUUUUAUAGAUGGCUUACAGCCAGAUACUACCUACAGAGUACGAAUUCAAGCCCUAAACAGUCUCGGAGCGGGUCCUUUCAGCCACACCAUAAAACUGAAAACCAAACCUCUCCCCCCGGAUCCACCUCGCCUGGAAUGUGCCGCAUACAGUUCUCAGACUCUCAAGCUGAAGUGGGGAGAGGGAACUGCAAAAGCAUUAACUGACUCCAUUCAGUACCACCUUCAAAUGGAGGAUAAGAAUGGAAGGUUUGUAUCCUUAUACAGAGGACCGUGUCAUACAUACAAAGUACAAAGACUCAGUGAGUCAACAUCGUACAAAUUUUGUAUUCAGGCAUGUAACGAAGCUGGUGAAGGUCCCCUUUCUCAAGAAUAUGUUUUCACUACUCCCAAAUCUGUUCCAGCUGCCUUGAAAGUACCAAGGAUAGAGAGAAUAAACGAUCAUACUUGUGAAAUCACAUGGGAGGUUCUGCAGCCCAUGAAGGGAGAUCCGGUUAUCUACUGUCUUCAGGUCAUGGUGGGCAAAGACUCGGAAUUCAAACAGAUUUAUAAGGGCCCGGACUGGUCAUUCCGAUACACAGGCCUGCAGCUGAACUGUGAAUACCGUUUCCGCGCGUGUGCCAUUCGCCAGUGCCAAGAGACAGUAGGUCAUCAGGACCUGGUAGGCCCCUACAGCGCACCAGUGCUAUUCAUCUCUCAGAGGACUGAACCACCGGCGAGCGCCAACAAGGACACUGUGCAAACCACAAGGACACAAUGGUCACAGAGCGACCAAGUGUGUGCUGCCGUCAUCCUUGCACUUUUUGCUAUCUUUUCCAUUCUGAUUGCUGUUAUCAUUCAGUACUUCGUAAUAAAGUGAAGA